AUCUGUGCUCAGAUGCUGCUGUAAACUUAACCCUGCCACUGCCCACGUCAUUCACUAUCGAGGGUUGUCAUGAGGAUAAGAACUGUACACAAAAGGAAAUAUGCACUUAUCUGUCUGUGCAUUCUUGGGUUCAUCAUGUACCACAGAUAUCUCAGAGGGCCAACAGGGGGACGGAGGAUAAGCAGGAAAGUGGGCCUGAGCACCAACGCCUCCCAGUUCACCCUGGAGGGAGAGCCCUUCCAUAUCAUCGGGGGAUCCAUCCACUAUUUCCGUGUGCCUAGGGCCUACUGGAGAGACCGGCUGCUGAAAAUGAAGGCCUGCGGCAUCAACACACUUACUACGUAUGUGCCAUGGAGUCUGCACCAACCAGAGAGAGGGGCUUUCAACUUCCACACACAGCUGGAUAUAGAAGCCUAUAUCAGUCUAGCUGCUGAAUUGGGAUUGUGGGUGAUUUUACGUCCAGGACCCUACAUUUCCUCUGAGCUGGACCUAGGAGGACUGCCAAGCUGGCUCCUCCGUGAUGGCAGCAUGAGACUGAGGACAACUUACCCAGGCUUCACUCAGGCUGUUGAGACUUUUUUUGACAAAAUUAUACCAAAAGUGGUUCCACUGCAGUUCAAGAAAGGAGGUCCCAUUGUUGCAGUCCAGGUUGAAAACGAGGAUGGAUCUGUUGCGAAAGAUGAAAGUUACAUGCUUUUUAUUAAAGAGGCCUUACAGUCCAGAGGGAUCAGCGAGCUACUGCUCACAUCAGACAACCACAAUGCAUUGAAGUCGGGCGGUGUAGGUGGAGCCAUCAAAUCAGUGAAGCUGCAGAGGCUAAAUCAGAAACAUAUCCAGGAUCUGAAUGCUAUUCAGCCCAACAGCCCUGCCAUGGUGAUGGACUAUUUCACUGGCUGGUAUGAUGUGUGGGGUGACCUCCACCAUGUGCUUCCUCCAGAGGAUAUGGUGUCCGCCGUGAGGGAAAUUCUAAGACGAGGCAUGUCUGUCAACCUCUACAUGUUCCACGGAGGCUCAACUUUUGGCUUCAUGAGCGGAGCACUCGCUGAUCCGUCCUACAAAGCACUGGUCCCCAGCUAUGAUUAUGAUGCUCCCUUGUCUGAAGCUGGGGAGUACACCCCAAAGUACCAUCUCCUUAGAGAUCUACUUCAACGCUACAACAGAGGUGAGACAUUCCCUGACAUGCCAGCUCUGCAUUAUAGGGAGGAUUAUGAACCAGCCAUCAUGUACCAGCACCUGUCCUUAUGGGAUGCUUUGAGCUUCACUGAAGGACCAUUUAAGUCACCCAGGCCAGUAAACAUGGAGAGUCUACCUGUGAACAAUGGGAACGGCCAGUCCUAUGGAUAUACACUGUAUGAGACCACCAUCACCAGUGGAGGAUUCUUGAGGUCUGGAGACAAUGUCCGAGACCGAGCCCUUGUGUUUGUAGACAGAAGCUACAUUGGCCUUUUCAAGCGCCAGAGAGUGGAGCUGGUGGUUCCUGAUGGUAAGGACCAGCGCACCUUGAGUUUACUGGUGGAAAACUGUGGACGAGUUCACCAAGGAAUGGACCUUGACAACCAACAUAAAGGCCUUGUGGGAGACAUUUUAUUAAACAAUAUUCCCUUGCGAGAUUUCACAAUAUACAGUCUUGAUAUGAAACCAAGCUUCAUUGAUAGUCUUUAUAAGGCACCAUGGAAAACUCUCCCUGAUACUCCCAGCUUCCCUGGAUUUUUCAUGGGGAGGAUGUUUGCAUAUGGGUAUCCGAGUGACACCUUUGUGAAGCUGCCACAGGGCUGGGAGAAAGGUGUUGUGUUCAUCAAUGGGCUGAAUCUGGGCCGCUACUGGUCCAUUGGCCCUCAGCAGGCUCUCUACCUCCCCAGUCCCUUUCUCAACAGUGGAAUCAACCAGGUCAUUGUGUUUGAGGAGCAAGAGGGCGACUACAAGAUCCACUUUGAAGAUACACCUGAUCUUGGGAUGGCAGCAGACAUCCAGUGACCUUCAUCACCACCUGUAUGAGCAUUGUGUUAAAAUGUGUUUAAAACAUCGACUCGUACCUUCAAAUCCAGAGAAAUCUUUUUUCUCAUAUGAUACAUUUAAAUCUUCAAACACACACAGCCCAAUACUUAUCCACUUCACCAAUCACUCAAAGACAUAGUGAGACAUGCUUUUAUCGGGGGCAGUUUAUAGCUAAGUACAUACAGUACCUUUAUUUGCAGUGACUCUUUACAUUUUGUAUAGAACAGAAUCCCUAAGGAUAUACUGCAUCUUCUUGUCUGUGGAGUCCCAGUUUAAGGAUGAAAUCUGUUUGAAGAUAUCAGUUAUAUGUCAUAGCAUUAGAUUUAUAUUUCUUGUGUGCUUAUUCUACAGUGUGUCACGUAACUUAUUGAACUGGAAAAAAAAAACACAACACGAGGUUUAAGUGACAUCAGGAGCUGAGGCAGAAAUGGUGUCAACAGCUUUCAAAUGAAGCAGCACCAUCAGACCCGCACCUUAAAUUGUCGAAAUCUUAGAUGGUUGUCACAUCAAUAACUGUCCAAACUCUGAACAGUCACAGAGUCUGAGAGAACAGUUAGGAUUUGUAAAGCUGGGCAUACACUGUACUCUUUUUACAAGCGGACGACUUUCAGCUUCAUCAUGCGUCUUUUGCCGUGCAGUGUACAGGGGGAAGCGAGCAGCGAUUAAUUGCUCCCGACUGGCCGUCGAGCGUUCCGAUAAACUAAGAAGUAUAAGAAAUAACUGUGCGGUGAUACUGUUGUGACAUUUGGGCAUAUGCCUAUGUGACGUGUCAUUGGUUGGAACGUCCAAGAAUCAUUUCAUUUACUGAAGCAAUGAUCAAUGAUCACCAAAUUUCUCACAGACAUGUCUUGUCACAAACACACACAAAAAAAAUCAAGACUGAAAUCAUAUGAUGAUGGAUGUUAGCUUACAUUAAGCGUUUUCCCCAUAGAAGCCCAAUAUAAGGAAAAGGCUAAAUGUCACAAUGAGGAAAACGCUUAAUGUAAGAUAGCGUCCAUAAUCAUUUGAUUUCGGUUUAGAUCUUUUUGAUAGGUGUGAGUGUUUAUGACAAGACAUGUCUGAUGACCAUUGGUUGCUGCUUUGGCACAUUAAGUGACGUUAAGCGUUUUUCAUGUUAAGCAUUUUAGAACGCCCGCCAGCUUAACCCUUCAGGCGGAAGGUUUCCUUCACUGCAGAAGGGUUAUUGUUGGUAAUAUCAUAAAUUAUAAUGUUGAUUGGACAUGUGCGUGCGUGGGUGAGUCCAUAUACGCCGGGGCCUCUUUUUUGAGGAUGGCACAGAUUACGCACUUUUCUGUCUUGUCAGCAUUCUUCUUCUAUGGUAAACACAAACUUCUCUACCUCGGAAGAACUUUCUGCUGGAGCCGACAGGCAUUUCACACGCACAGUGUGAGCAGUCAAGUCGUGGCUGCCGAUCACACACAGUGUGAGCACAUGAAUCGUGAACUUUGGCUUCACCUCGCAGACGAUAUACUCGGACAAUAUGAGUUGGAAUUUAACAACAGCUUUUCUUAAAUCGCACAGUGGAUGCCCAGCUUAAACAGUGCAAAUGCAAGUCAGUGGGGUAUGAAAUCAUCAUUUGCAAGCCAGCAAUCCAUGCUGGGAAUAAUUAUACUCAGUAAUAAAGUUAUUUGAAAGGAUGCAGGGUAAUUAGGGUAAUGGCUUCAUAUCCCAUUAAAUCUCCCAAGCAUAGCUCACAACUUACAUGUAAAUGGUGCCAGUAACACUGAAACAAUAAAUAAUUCUGCGUUCUACAUCA